GAAUUGAAGUAUAACAUUAAUAGUUUGAACCUCCACUACCUCAACCGGAUUCUGAAUGUCAAAAAGCAGAGUGUCUAUUUGAUGCCUUUGAGGAACUCAGGAACUUCCAGCAACCCAGGCUCUCUAGACGAAACCGCCUAUGAAAGACUAGCAGAGGAAACACUGGACGCCUUGGCGGAGUUUUUUGAAGACCUUGCAGACAAGCCCUGUACACUGGAGGACUAUGACGUCUCCUUUGGGAGUGGUGUCCUAACAGUUAAACUGGGUGGAGAUCUAGGAACCUAUGUGAUCAACAAGCAGACCCCAAACAAGCAAAUCUGGUUAUCAUCUCCCUCCAGGUAUGUUCAGAAGUUGAAAUCUGUACUGGUUUAACUUGCUUGAAAUGUG